AUGUUUGGGCUAUGGAGAGGUGACGCACCAGCCGGCCCCAUGAAGCAUCUCAGAUGGGCGGGUGGCGAGGCAGAGGCAAAGGGAAUACGAGGAAAAUUGAGUUGCGCACCGGAAUGUGCCGAGACUGACUGUGUGUGCGACAAAUUAUCGCCGGCUGUUAUCUCCGCUGCUUAUUUUGCUGGUCGAAUCACGUGGAUCGGUUUCCGGGCGGAUGAGGGAGAUUCCGCUCCGUUCUUUCUCCGUCGUGUCCAAUCCAUUCCUUCAGGUAUUCUUCAGCUGUCGCCUCGGAUCACGCAUAGUCUACUUGAUGGUUCACUUAUCUCAUUUCCAUGGAUCCAUGCUACCCGUGACAGAUCCGAUGCUCCUCUGAUGCCACUCCUGAUGGCCACCUGUUACUCGCUCCCUCAUAAAAUGCAUGAUCUUCAAACCUAA